UGGCCUCCCAAAGUGCUGGGAUUACAGGUGUGAGCCACCGCGCCCAGCCAGACGGUCAUUAUUAUUAAUAUUCUUUUGGUCUUUACAGACGGGCAUAAACUACCCUGGUAAUAAUAAUGAUGGCAUGGGGCUGCCUGAAUUUGAUUUUAAGUUUUCCUGCAAGUAAAAGCACAAAAACAAAAAACAUCUAAAAAACCCAAACCCUAAGAUUCUAGUGCCAUUAAAGGUCUCCCCCUCUUCUCCAUCAGUGAAAGCCGCGUGGGGGAGCCCCCUGUAGGCGGUGGGGUUGGUUUUCCGAACCCGGGAAAAUCAGGGAUCUAACUGCAGAACUUCUGCUGCUUUCUAAGCUAAUGCACUUCGCAGCCGGCAGCAAGUGAGGGGCAAACGUUUAACAAGUAUUCCGAUUAAUGUAAACCCAACGAUUUCCUGAUGACGCCUGCGCUUGGGACGGACGCAACGCACUGGCCUGGAUCCAGGGCCCAGGGGCCUGGGAGCGCCGCGCGGGCCGCGUCCAGGGCAGCGCCGCCUUCCCGCCAGGCCCAGCCCCUCCCCAGCCAGCCCCGUCCUUGUCCCCACACCGGGCCCGCCCUGCCGCCAGGCCGCCGGGCCUCCGGGGUCCUCGCGCAUCCGGCUCCGAAAGCUGCGCGCAGCCAUCAUCAGGCCCUUCUGGUGUUAGAAGAGCCCCCGGCAACAUCUUUUCGUCGCGUGCUUCCCCCAGAGUCACCUCGAGUCCAGCUUAACCAAUUCUCGGACACCAACCGCCUGGGACGCCGACGCGCGCACCUUGGGUCUUGAGGCUCGUGCACGUGCGAGUCCACGAGCAUGCGCUUCGGAGGGGCGCGCCAGGCCACGACACACCAGUGCGCAUGCGCGUCAGGUGUUCCAGCCAAGGAUCCGCAUCCCAGGGUUCAGUGAACGGACUUCUUUAAAUUACCUCAAAAUCCUCCCACAAAUGUUUACUGAAUAAAUACUUCUUAUUUCGCCCAAAAGGAAGUUCACUGAAGAUUUUUAAAAAGUACUCUAAGCAGAAGGUUCUAAUGUUUUUAUUGAUUAGAUUUGUGUACAGUAAUAAUCCUUCCAUCAUACAGGUAAUAUAUAAUAACAUUCAAAUAUC